UUUAUAAACAUGGCCGUCAAAUCGUUCACAGCGUCAGGUACUGGCUCACUCACUGUUGCUGCUGCUGCUGCGUGGAGUGGAAUUAGUCACACUUUGAGGAAGUAACUGAGCAAAACUAACACGGCAGUGAGUGGAGAGAAAGUUAUGUCUCACACCGGGGGACGACGGCCGUGUUGGACAUGUUUAAUCUCCGCGUGAGUGCGACGUUCACAAACUUAAUGUAGUACUUUAUGCUAGCUAGCUAACGGAGCUAACGCCGACGUCUCGACGUUAACUUGUGUCAAGUUGUUUUCCGCCGCGAUCAUAAUCUCAUAACCUGCGUAAUGGAGCAGUGUCGUCGGUGGCUCCGUCGGUGUGGAUGAAUAUUUUACACAUCGGCGUGUCGGAUUCACUCCUCUGAACUGUUGCCCUGGAGCUUUGUCGUCGGUCUGUGCCCCUUGUUUCUCCCCCUGGCAGGCGAGCGGGCGGAUAUAAACAAUGUUCCCUGUCAAACCCAUGAAACCAACCUUCAAGUGUUAUCUUCCUCCUGUGCAGACUGAUGUGAAGAGAACUAUUGACCCACCUAUUAAAAAGUUGGAGCCCAAGUUACUCCCAGGGGAGAUCGUUGUUAACGAGGCAAACUUUGUGAGGAAAUGCAUCAGCAGUGAAAGCAGCCAGGACGACCUCUGGGGGAAGUUGAUAUGCACCAACUUUAAAGUCUCCUUCAUCCUUCAGGAUGUGCCAUCAAAACAGAAACCUCCCAUGUCCCACCUCCUGCUUGGAGAGCACGACAUCCCCCUAACCUGUCUGGAACAAGUCGUAACAGUGAAUGAUACAAAGGGCAAGAAGAAAGUCUUGGGGUCAAACCAGAAGCUGAAGUUUAACCCCACCGAGCUCAUCCUGUACUGCAAAGACUUGCGCAUCAUCAGGUUCUGCUUUGGUGAGGCCGGGCCUGAGAGUGCAAAAAAGGUUUGCCUUGCGAUCGCUCACUAUUCCCAUCCAGCUGAUCUCCAUCUUCUCUUUGGCUUUGAGUAUCAAGGACGGCGAUACCAUGAAUCUAAAGAGGAGAGAGUCAACGGUUCGGCCUCUCGAGGAGGUUUUCAGACGCCUAUUUUUGACCGUCCCUCUGACUGGGAUCGGGAGAUCAAGCGGACGGGGGCGUCAGAGUGGAGAGUUUGCUCCAUCAAUGAGAGUUACGCCAUCUCAUCCAGUCUUCCAGAGUUCAUUGUGGUCCCAGUUUCCCUGGCUGAUCAGGAUCUUAAUCGCUACUCCGUGUUCUUCACCGAUCAUCGCAUCCCUCUGUGGUGCUGGAAUCACUCCAACGGCAGCGCUCUCGUCCGCAUGGCCAGCAUAAACGAUCCACUACAGCAGAGGAAGAUUGAACAGAGGGUCUUUACUGCAAUUACAAAAAGCCACCCACAGCGAAGUGAGGUCCACAAGUUUGAGCUGGACAAGAGUCUCCCCAACAUCCAGGACGUCCAGGCUGCCUUUGUUAAAGUCCGACACAUCAGCGUCAUCGAUCCUUUUGAGGAGUCAGAGGAGAGGUGGCUCACUUCCAUUGAAAACUCACGAUGGCUUGAGCAUGUCAGGGCUUUUUUGAAACAGUCAGCUGAGAUCGUUUACUGCCUGGAUGGAAAGAAUGUUUCUGUCAUUCUCCAAGAGGAAGAAGACAGAGACCUGAACUGUGUUGUGUCCUCGCUGGUGCAGCUCAUGCUGGACCCUCAGUACCGCAGCCUCGCUGGCUUUCAGAGUUUGGUGCAGAAGGAGUGGGUGAUGGCCGGCCAUCGCUUCCUGGACAGAUGCAACCACUUGAAGAAGAACGAGAAAGAAGAGUCCCCUCUGUUCAUACUGUUCUUGGACUGCGUGUGGCAGAUGAUGAACCAGUACCCGGCAGCGUUUGAGUUCACAGACGCGUAUCUGACGGUGCUGAGCGACAGCAUGUGGAUUCCACUCUUCAGUACUUUCCUCUUCAAUUCUCCUAAACAACGCACUCAGCACUUAAUGGACUUUGCCAAGAAUAAAGCCAUCCCUCCAGGAGAAGACCAGGUUGUGUUUUUCCCUCCCGUGUGGGACUGGUCACAGCAGUUCUCCACCAAAGACCAAACCCUCUUCAACAACCCCACGUACAUUGGAAAAGGAGCUGCCUGUGUCCAGAAUGGGGAAGUGAAAACCUUCACGCGCACAAAGCAGAAAAGCUACAGCUCCACGAUGCGAGGAACGGCCUCCUCCAUGCGUAACGGCGUGAAGGAGAGAGGAGAGGAGGCCUUGGUCCGGCGGAGCUCUCUGGUGUCCGAGCUGAAGCCCGAUUUCUCUCCGGUGAAAGACGAGAGCCCGUCGGAGCGGUUCUUCAGGGACUGGUUCUCUCAGCCCGCUGACCAGCAGGGCCUCCUCAUCCCGUUGCUCAUGCCCUCACAUGUGGCUCUUUGGAAGCUCUUCUUCCUUCGCUGGGUUCCUGAAGCCUGCAUUCCCAAAGGAGGCCCCAUCACUGCCUAUCACAAGAUUUCCCAACUGGUCGAUGAAAUUGAGAUCCUGCAGAGUCAGCUGAGGCGAUAUAAAGGACCGAGUCCGGGCAACACGCCGCUCCCCAGCCAGAGAGAACCCCCGCUAACCCAGAGGAGGAUGUAUUUCAAGGCUACUUCCCCGACACCACCAGACUACCUUUCCUCGUCCUUUCCUUUCACCCCAGUGGGAAAUCUGUGCCGCCGCAGCGUCUAUGGGACUCCCAUCAGCAAGUUCCUGAAUGGUGCCAGGACCUGGCUCUCUACAGAGACUCUUGCUAAUGACGCUGUCUGAGCAUGAGCUCCUGUUUAACAACUAACCCUCUCUUUUUUCUUCUACCUGAUUCGUAAAUGCAGAGAAGGAAAAUGAGAAUAAGAAAUUUAAGACUUCUGAUUUUUUUCAUUUUUCUAACUACAUUAAGCUAGAAUUGAAACUUUUGAUGCUGCAUCAGAAUAGGAGGCAUUUUCUAAACGUUGGUGUCGUCUCUGAGGAGUUCACACUCACUGAAGCACACUGUCCUCUGCCCGGCGUAUUCAUGACCCACACAAAAGAGCUUUGUGAGAGUUCUACUUGAAGACAAGGCUAAGAAUUAACUUUGCGACUUUUAUCUGACCCGUGUACAACAUCCAUGCUAAAGUAGAUCCUUCGUGAAUCCGUCAUUGGACAUUUAAAAUGAAAGAAAGCUCCUUUUUAUCGCAGCAGCAAUGAUGCCUCUCCUACCUUAGGCUGUAAUGUAAAUUGUUUGUUUUUUUGUCAGAAAGAGGAACAGAAAAUGUUACUGCUAAAAAUGAUUCUGCUUAUGGUAAAAACAAAGAGAACCUGGUCUGGUUGAAUGUAAUGGGGCAUUUUUCUUUUUUCUUUCUUGCACAGACUUAAUGCUAUUUGCUCCAAGUGCCCAUAUUUUAAUGGUUUUAUUGGGUUUUUGUUUGCUGUGUGAUUUCAGGGUCUAUCUUUGUAGAUGUACAGCAGAGAUGAGGGGCUAUAUUUUAAUGUGGGUGAUGCUGGGGGCAGUGGAGCUGUGAGGACUUCGAUCUGUGGUAGAUGUUUCCUUUUCUCUUUUGAAGGGGAUUUUAUUAAACUUAACUAGAGGCCUUCUGGUAAGGCCCUGAGGAUAAAGAGAAGGGCUUUGACUCAAACCAGUGCCUAGUUUGGUAUCAAGUGAAUCGAAUGUCAGCCAUUAUGGAUCCAACAGCACAUGAUCUGUAUCUCUGUAGAGCAACGUCUGUGGCGUGAAGUGCUCCUCUGAAAGCAGGUUCACACGGCUGCUCCUGCUAUUAUUGAAGUAUUGAAAGACUUUUGUUAAAGUCUGAAAACUGUCUCUGGACAUUCACUCGCUGCUUCACUCGGGACUGGUUUGAGACGCGUGUGGGGAAGUUGAUCAGUUAUCCUCCAGAAUGCCUGUUGAAUAACUGGUUAGAAACUAGCACUGUGUAAUAUUUUUGAUGUCUAACAACUUUGAAUGAAUUGAAGCUCUUUAACUUUUUACAUAAAAGACCACUGGACAGAUGGAACAUCUGUGCUGCUGUCACACAGACCAGUGUCCAGUGAUUCUCAUGAUUCUUUGGCAAUAACUGUGUCAGGUUUGGUUUUUUAGCAUAAAUGUGUGUAAUGUGAGUGCAAACCUGUUCUCCUAAAUGCUAUUCAUUGCACAUUCUACUCAAUAUAUAUAUAUAUAUAUAUAUAUAGGAUAGUUUUGUUUUAAGGUGGUUUAUGAAUAUAAUUUUGGCAAAUAUUAUAAAUAUUGUACAUGCUUGAAAUCUUCCAAUUAAUAUUUUUGAUUAAUGGUACUAAAUAACUUUUAUCCUUGAUUUAGUCUUUCAUUUUAUGGAGAGAUAUUUAUAUACGAUGUGUUUUCACUAAUUCACUCACCGCGUUGCACUCUGCUGUAAAUGUAUGACGAGCGUGUUUCCACGGUCUGACGUGAACUAGCAGCAGAUGUAUUUAUUCAAAUAUGCAAAUGUUCUCUAAGAGGAAAGCGGUUGCUACUGUACACCUCCUGUGCCUUUUUUGGGAAGAUUUACAAUUUCUGCAAUUAUAUGCUAAACUUAGAUGGCUUUUUUCCCCCAAAGCUGUUGAUUUUUUUUUUUUUAUCAAGUGUAGUUAAAUUCAGCGGUACUGCACUGACGCUUCAUGAAAACAAGGCUCACAUGUGUACCUCUAACCAAUCAAUACAUUAUUUUUCAAAGGA